AUGGAUUUCCUAAACUUUACUGAACAAAAUUAUACACUGGAACAAAAUGAUACAUCAGAAGAACAACGUAAAAAAGUAACAUCCAAGAUUCUGGUUUCUCUUACCCUUUCUGUGCUAGCAGUAAUGACAACUGUCAUUAACUCUAUGGUCAUGACGGCAAUAAUUGUGACACGGAAGCUCCACCAUCCUGCCAACUAUUUAAUUUGCUCCCUAGCCGUCACUGAUUUCCUGGUUGCCAUCUUAGUCAUGCCCUUCAGCAUUGUCUAUAUUGUCAAAGAGACCUGGAUCAUGGGUCAGGUGAUGUGUGACAUUUGGCUCAGCGUUGACAUCACCUGCUGUAGCUGUUCCAUCUUACAUCUCUCAGCUAUUGCUUUGGAUCGCUACCGAGCAAUCACAGAUGCUGUGGAGUAUGCUAGGAAGCGAACGCCUAAACAUGCAGGCAUCAUGAUUGCCAUUGUGUGGAUCAUUUCCAUCUUCAUCUCAAUGCCGCCAUUGUUUUGGAGGCACCAGGCAGCCAGCAGGGAUGAUGAAUGCAUCAUUAAGCACGACCACAUCGUUUUUACCAUUUACAGCACAUUUGGAGCCUUUUACAUCCCCCUGGCAUUGAUCCUGAUCCUUUACUACAAAAUAUACAAGGCAGCCAAGACUUUUCACAGAAGGAGCGUGAGCCGGGUUCUCAAAGAGGAAGUCAAUGGACAGGGCCUCUUGGAAGCAGGUGAAAAAAGCUGUCGGCUAGCUUCAACAGCAUCAUGCACGAAAGAUAAAAGAUCUAACCCUUCAGGAGAUUUGGAAAGAAUCCACCUCUCCCUGCGAAGCCCCGACUCUGAGUCCAAAAAUGAAAAAGGAUGGAGGAGACAAAGAAUUUCAACCACAAGAGAGCGCAAGGCAGCAACUACCCUGGGCUUGAUUUUGGGUGCCUUUGUGAUUUGCUGGCUCCCCUUCUUUGUGAAGGAGGUGGUCGUUAAUACCUGUGAAAGAUGUCAGAUUUCAGAAGAAAUGUCCAAUUUUCUGACAUGGUUGGGAUAUAUCAAUUCACUUGUUAACCCGCUGAUUUACACCAUCUUUAAUGAAGAUUUCAAGAAAGCAUUCCAGAAACUUGUCCAGUGCAAAAGCUCUCUUUGAGGGGUGGGAUGAUGUACUGUUUGGUCAAUUUAGAGAAUGGCUUUGAGAAAGAAUUUGGUAAUGGAUUCAUAGUUCUGCCCAUGGUGGAACCAUGUCACACUCUACUGGAGAAUUCAAUUGAAUCCAGAAAGUUCCAGUGAGAGUCUAGAAAGUUUCAAGGAUAUUGUAGGCCAUGCAUGCAUCUCUAGCACCACAACAGUUCUGGAGGCAUAAGCACAGCCUGUAAUAUCACUGCCUCAACCUUACCCAGAAAUGCUAGAAUAAUUUGGAAUGUUUAAUUUCUGGAGGCAGAUGUUGGGCGGAAAUCUGGACACACGCAUAUACACACUCACACACAAAGAUCCAGCUCCACCAAACCUUUUUCUGGAGUGCAUCUCUAAUAUUUAUAUAUUUACUUUUAAGAAUACAUGCUGUGGUUUUUAAGA